AUGGACUCCAUGAGGUCCCUCAACACCUCUCUUCCGAGCUCGACACCCCGCCCGCAACCUCCGGAGCAACUCCUCCAGCAAUUCAAGGCGGCAGCUCUAUCUGUCACAAACCUGUACAAGAAUGCAGUAUGUGAACAAGCCCAGGCAAGGUCGUUAGGAUACCAGGAUGCGAUAGAGGAUCUGCUCCACUUCCUUGACCGUGAGAACCUCGGUCUCGGGGACGGAGAGGGGUGGAAGGUUCGGCAGUGGGCAACUGAAAAAUGUGAUGGAACUGGGUCACAAAGUAGCGAUGAAGACGCAGAGAUCGACAAGCGUGACCGAAGUGCUACUCCAGCUACUACUCGCAAAGAAAAACCUACACCUGAACCGAUUGCUCCGCCCGUACCUGCAUCCAAGCCAGAAUCGAUCACUCCUCCCACGCAACUCCAAGAAACACCUUCUUUCGCCACACCUGCCGUCUUCACAUUCUCUGCUGGUCCUACAUACCCUCAGUGUCAAGAGCUCGACAUGGAUGUGCCGUCGUCAGACAACUCAUCUGCAACCAUGCAGGACGGGGCUCCUGUGAGCGUCUCAGUGAUGCCUCGGAACAGUCGACCACACCAUCGUCACAACAACCACCCACGAUCAAAUGCGCGCCCUUCGCCACGGGAGUCUCCCGCUAGUAUUGGGUCCAAGAGGAAAUUCACUUUCCCUGAUUUCUUCGAUCUGUCAGGUCUUAACAACGGACGAGAUGCGUCAGGAGGUGGUGGGAAACGAGGCCGCUUUACCUAG